AUGCCAUCUCCAUCGAAACGUUAUUCCAAGAUUCGACACAGUGGAGUGAAUUCAGUGAUUGCUAAGAUGAUCAAACUCGGUGAAUGCGUUGAUAGUUUUUCUAAAGGAAUCCGGGAGCAUGUGAAACUAAGUCCCAAGUUAAGUGAGACAGUGAAAGGAAAGUUAAGCUUGGGUGCAAGAAUACUUCAGGUUGGUGGAGUAGAUAAAGUGUUCAAGCAGAAAUUCAACAUUAGAGAUAAAAACAAUCAUGAGGAAACACUUUUAAAGGCUUCUCAGUGUUAUUUAUGGACAACUGCUGGGCCGAUAGCAGGGCUGCUGUUUAUAUCCAAUAACAGAAUUGCAUUUUGCAGUGAGAGAUCCAUCAAAAUCUCAUCCCAAACUGGGAAGCUUGUUAAAGUACAUUACAAGGUUAUGAUCCCACUCAGAAAAAUCGACACAGCCAUUGAAGCUCAGAGCGCAAAAAAAACAACGACACAAAAGUACGUGCAGAUAGUGACAGAGGACAACUUUGAAUUCUGGUUCAUGGGCUUUUUCAACCUUCGCAAAACUUUGAACUGUCUCCACCAGGCAAUCCAUCAAUCCAGAUGA